UUGCAUAGUCAGCAGUUCACGUAUUUUUUUCCACCUAAUAAAAACUUGAGAAACAAUCAUAAACCCCCUAGAAAAAACUGCAAGGAAAAGCAAUCACAGGCAUAUAAGAGAGAACACAAAAAGAAAGCAUGAAAGAGGUUUUCAACCUAGGGCUAUCUUUGUGUCUUUUGCUCAAAGAUGAGAGGUAGGCCCAAGCAAAACUAUAGUUAGAUCGGACAGCCAGAGAAGUGAGUCCAAGAAGGUUAAGGGUUUAGACUUUAGGUUUGGAUUCGUGAAAUCCGACACCUUUUCGAGAUAAAAUAUUUGGGGAUCAGAGAAAAGGACAUAGAGCGGACCCGAGCAAUGCCAUUUUGUGCCCGAGAGCGGUGAUGACAGUGAUAGCGAUGGUGUUGCCGUUCAAAAAUCGAAGGGAAAGAGAAAGCCAUUCAUUUUGGUGAAGCAACUGGUGCCUGACAUGAAUUGUUGAAACGCUAGUGACUAUAAUAAUGGCAACUUUUGCUUCAAUUCGACAAAUUAGCCGGCAAUUUGUCAAAAGGGAACCUUUACUCAAGUUCUGUUGUUUUGUCCAAAAUGAGUCCUUUUUUCCUAGUCUUGAUUGUAUCACAUUUGCGAGCCAGAGAAGCUACAGUGCUGUGAGUCCUUCAUUACAUGCACCAUGUGUAACCUCUCCUGAUUUGUCAUUGCUGGCAAAGCAGAAUGUACUUCAGCAUCACAACAUACUUGGUAAAUGGUUGCAUGCAAGAUAUUUGAGUAAUGCAUCAAUUGAGCUAAAGACAGAUGAGGAUGUUAUCAGGUUUUCUUUUAAUAAGUCAGUUGGUCGAUUAGCCUCUACAACCAGAAAGAGAAAAAUGUCUAAAAAGGCAAAAGUGAAUGAGCUUCGUUUCUAUCGUCUAAAGGCCAAAAAGAAGAUGAAUUCGCCAAAUCCAGAAGUUAGGAUUAGAUAUAAACUCGAGAAGGCCAAAAGAAAGGAAGCAUGGUUGAUCGAAAAGUUGAGAAAAUAUGAGGUUCCCAAGGCCCCAGCUGAAGCAUAUGAUCCUGAAAUUUUAACUGAGGAAGAGAAACACUACCUAAAGCGUACUGGCGAGAAGAAAAAAAACUAUGUUCAAGUUGGAAGACGAGGAGUAUUUGGAGGUGUUGUUCUCAAUAUGCAUCUGCAUUGGAAGAAACAUGAAACUGUGAAGGUCAUUUGCAAGCCUUGCAAGCCAGGGCAGGUUCAUGAAUAUGCUGAAGAACUUGCUCGACUUAGCAAAGGCAUUGUGAUUGACAUCAAACCUAACAAUACUAUAAUUUUUUACCGUGGAAAGAAUUACGUGCAACCAAAUAUUAUGUCUCCAGCAGAUACACUGUCUAAAAACAAAGCUCUGGAAAAAUACAAGUACGAACAAUCCCUAGAUCAUACAAGUGAAUACAUUGAGAAGUUGGAGAAAGAACUGGAAGAGUUUCUUAAGCAUAAAGCUCGGUACCAUAAAGCAAAAGAGAGUGAGCCACAGGAUUUUGCAGCAAGUAUAUUACAGCAUCAAUUACAAAAUAAUUGCUACAUUUCGGUUUCCAAAAAGCAUCCUUAUGAGUAGAUUUGGACUUUUGCUUUCUAAUCAUUUUAUGUUGUUGCAGUUAUGCAUUUAAAACACCUUUUCCAAA